GCCCGGCCCCGCCCGAACCGCGCUACCAUUGGCGGUGGUGGCGAAGCCACUACCCCCACCCCAGCGGGGGAGGCUUGGGCGAUGAAUGAAGCGUGAGUGGGCUGCGCGCGAAGGCCAGAGCGCAAGGCGCAGCGCGGCAGCCGGGUUCGCAGGAAGAAUAGACCCAGUGACAAGACACUCUCUCAUCUCAUCAAGCCACCUCUGCUGCAUCCUACCUGCUGUGCUGCCAGAGCCCUCUGCACGAGGCUGGAGAUGCCCCAGCACGCGAUGGGGGACAAGCAUUUCCUUUCCCUCCCAAAGCACCUCUUCACCAGUGCAUCCUCAGCCACAGACAGUGGGUGUGACACUCCACCCAGCAGCAGAGCAUCCCCAGCCUCCCUGCGCUCUGCCCACAGCCCCCUGGACUCCUCCAGCCAACACCUGUUUGAGCCCCAGGUUGAGAAGCGGAGUAGCCAGACAGCCCGUGAGGUGCAGUACAAGUCUGCUGGGCCGAAGAGCACACUGUGUGGCUGGCAAGCCUUCACUCCCAAGUGCUUACAGGUCUUCAACACCCCCAAGGGCUUCCUCUUCUUCCUGUGUGCAGCCUCCUUCCUCCAGGGCAUGAUAGUGAAUGGCUUUAUCAACACUGUCAUCACCUCCAUUGAGCAGCGCUUCGACCUGCACAGCUACCAGAGUGGGCUCAUCGCCAGCUCCUAUGACAUCGCUGCCUGUCUCUGCCUCAUCUUUGUCAGCUACUUUGGGGGCAAUGGGCACAAGCCACGCUGGCUGGGCUGGGGUGUGCUGGUCCUGGGGAUUGGCUCCCUGGUGUUUGCACUGCCCCAUUUCACUGCUGGCCACUAUGAGGUGGAGAUGGAUGAGGAGGUGGGGGCAGGGGCAUGUCUGGCCAACGGGAGUCAUGUGGAGUGUAUGGACUCAGGCCUGUCCAACUACAGGCUGAUCUUCAUGCUGGGCCAGCUGCUGCAUGGUGUGGGUGCCACACCUCUCUACACACUGGGUGUCACCUACCUGGAUGAGAAUGUCAAGUCAAACUAUUCACCCAUCUAUAUUGCCAUCUUUUACACGGCAGCCAUCCUUGGACCUGCAGCAGGCUACCUGAUUGGAGGAGCCAUGCUAAAUGUUUACACAGAAUUGAGCCAACGGACAGAGCUGACCACUGACAGCCCACUGUGGGUUGGUGCCUGGUGGAUUGGCUUCCUAGGAGCUGGGAUCACCGCAUUCCUCAUCGCCAUUCCCAUCCUUGGCUAUCCCCGGCAGCUACCAGGUUCCCAGCGGUACAUCGUUACGAGAGCGACUGAGACACAGCAGCUGAAAGAUCACAGCCACAAAGCAGUGAGCAAUCCGACUUUCGGCAAGACUAUCAGAGACCUGCCCCUCUCGAUCUGGCUCCUUCUAAGAAACCCCACAUUCAUCCUGCUCUGCCUGGCAGGGGCUACUGAAGCCACACUCAUCGCCGGCAUGUCCACAUUCGGUCCCAAGUUCUUCGAGGCGCAGUUCAGCUUGAGUGCCUCCGAGGCUGCCACGUUGUUUGGAUACCUGGUGGUGCCAGCAGGCGGUGGUGGCACGCUCCUGGGUGGCUUCCUGGUGAACAGAUUCAAGCUCCGUGGCUCUGGGAUCAUCAGGUUCUGUCUGUUCUGCACCUUGACCAGCCUACUGGCCUUCUUUGUCUUCCUCACGCACUGUCCCAACAUGCCCAUGGCAGGUGUGACAGCUAGCUACGCUGGGAGCCCCCUGCCUGAAGGCCACUUGGACCUGAAGGCGGCUUGCAACGCCAUCUACUGUUGCCAGGCAGAGCACUACAGCCCCCUGUGCGGUUCAGACGGCAUCAUGUACUACUCGCCCUGCUAUGCGGGCUGCCCCGUGGGUGCUGAGACUGGCCCGGGUGGCCAGAAGAUGUACCGAGGCUGUAGCUGUGUCCUUGAGAAGGUUGCCUCUGGCUUGGGCAAUGCUACCGCAGGGAAGUGCACUUCCGCCUGUCAGAGAAAGCCCCUCCUCCUGGCUCUCGUGUUCGUUGUAAUUAUCUUUACAUUCCUCAGCAGCAUUCCAGCUCUGACCGCUACUCUACGGUGUGUCUGUGAUCAGCAAAGGUCCUUUGCCCUGGGGAUCCAGUGGAUUGUCGUGAGAACACUAGGCAGUAUUCCAGGGCCCAUUGCCUUUGGCUGGGUGAUUGACAAGGCCUGCCUGCUGUGGCAGGACCAGUGUGGCCACCAGGGGUCCUGCUUUGUGUACCAGAAUGAAGCCAUGAGCCGCUACAUGCUCAUUGCAGGGCUCACUUUCAAGGUGUUGGGCUUCCUCUUCUUUGUCACUGCCUACUUCCUGUACAAGUCCCCAUCAUCAUCCGCGGAUGGCCUGGAGGCCUCCCUGCCCAGCCAGUCCUCAGCCUCUGACAACCCCACAGAACAGCUCCAGAGCAAUGUCUGACACCAUGGGCCCCUCCACAUCUCCUGAGGCCUCUUCCUGGAUACCCUGACCCCAUCCUCACAGGGUGGCAACCCUGAGAACCUUGAAAAACCUCACCCUGCAUUCCGGGGCCUCGCACUGCCCCACACUGUGACUGAGCAGCCUCUGAGAUGCUAAGGAGGAAAGAGUAUAUCACAUAAGAACCAGACAUCCCCCAAGCCCUAGAGUCUCCAAGGCAUCACUACAUUUCAUGGACUGUCGCCUGGUCCUGACUUCCUGUGUCUACUGAGAAGCCCCUGCAGGGCAGCAGUGCCCUGGGUGGCAUGAUCCUGUGGAGCCAGCUACUUGACGUUUUGCUUGAAUCAGCUCGUACUGCCUGUCCUCGAAGCCUGGUGGCCUCUGUGCUGGGCAGGAGCAACUUGAAUCGUUACGUGUGGACUUACAUUUUGCACUGAACAGUGUUUGUGGAAUCAGUUUUGUACUUGAUCGUGUGACUCAUGUCCAAGCAAACUGCAGUGAGGGUGUGAUCCCAUCUGAGGUGCCACGCAGAUUUCGUGGAUAAUGUGUUUCUAUGUUUUUGGUUAAGAGUGUGUACAUAAUAUAUUUUAAUAUUUAAA